GCUAUAAUUUAUUUGAUUAUUUAAUUGUUCGGAGACGAGCAGUAGUUGCGUCUUCUUCUCCUUUUUCUUCCGAGGUUGGAUUCUCCUUCGGAGGCGUUGUUCAUUGCUUCCAUCUCGCCCAAUACAUCGCCUCUUCCUUCAUUCUCUCGUCGUCGCGAUCGGCUCUUUUGUCAAGGUUCGAUCUUGUCAAAGUGGAAGCUUUUGCGAGCCGGAUCGGGGAAGAUUGACGGGCUGAGAAAGUUUUGGACUUUGAUGGGGUGGUUGUGCUGCUUCAGAGGCUCGUCCUCUAAGUUGAUGUUAUGGAUCCAAGCUGUAGUAAGGCCAGUUUGCUACUGACGUAUGAUAGAACACAAAAUACACACAGAGAUUCAAGAUAACUACAAACACUGUGAUUAGUUUGCAGGUUCUUCAUGUGAUGCUGGUAAAGGGAAAAGUUCUCAGGGUCGCUCAAAAAUCACUUAUGGAUUUAGUCUUGUUAAGGGGAAAACAAACCAUCCCAUGGAGGAUUAUCAUGUUGCUAAGUUCAUUCAUAUGAGAGGACAGGAGCUUGGUCUAUUUGCUAUAUUUGAUGGACACUUGGGAAAUAAUGUACCUGCCUAUUUACAGAAGCAUCUAUUUUCAAACAUUUUGAAAGAGGAAGAAUUUUGGACUAAUCCAGAUGUAGCUAUUUCAAAAGCCUACGAGAAGACCGACAAGGCAAUUCUUUCACACAGUCCUGAUCUUGGUCGAGGCGGAUCAACUGCCGUCACCGCAAUCCUCAUUAAUGGCACAAAGUUAUGCAUAGCUAAUAUUGGUGACUCACGAGCAGUUAUUGCAAAAGGUCCACAGGUGAUACAAUUGUCAGUUGAUCAUGACCCCAACACCGAGCGUGGAAGUAUUGAGAAUAGAGGCGGCUUCGUCUCAAACAUGCCAGGAGACGUUCCAAGGGUUAAUGGCCAGUUAGCUGUAUCCCGUGCUUUUGGAGACAAGAAUUUGAAAUCACAUUUGCGAUCAGAUCCUGAUAUUCGUUGUUUAAACAUUACAUCAGAGACAGAGCUACUCAUCCUUGCCAGUGAUGGUAUAUGGAAGGUCAUGAACAAUGAAGAGGCAGUUGCGACUGCUAGAAGGUUCAAGGAUCCACAAACUGCGGCAAGACAAUUGACCACCGAGGCACUGACUAGAGACAGCAAAGAUGACAUUUCAUGUGUUGUUGUCCGAUUCAGAUCAUAAGAAAACAUGUCUUUUCGUCGUCCAUAAUCAGAGAUUUCACUUGUAUCUUUUUCAGUUGACCAUCAGAGAUUCAGAUGAUUGGUGAGGUUACUAAUACAGAUUCAUACGGGAAUACCAUGAAAGCUAAGAAUGCCAAAGAGUUCAGCAUUCGACUACAAUAUGAUCAGUGCCAGUGUGCCCAAUGCAAAUGGCUUCUGAUGUAUUUGAUAAUCAGAAGAAUCCCAUGUUUUUUUAAGCAGGGAAACUAGCAGAUCCCUCAGGUUGACAAUGGUUGGUUGGAUCGAUUACUUUAUUUCUUUUGCAUUUCCUUUCCUCUUUGGAUUGCGGUUUUGCAGCGGAGUUUCAGUUUUAGCUUGGUAGUAUUUAGCGAUCCCGAAAAGAACAUGAUUCUCUAGUUGUAAUUUAUUAAAUAAUUUGUGUUUUUAAUCCAGUGCACAUGGGUGGAUAUAUGCAUAUAUUUCGAAGAUGUGAUACCUAGACACUCAGAAAGAGGAUGAUUUAAACACUAAAAUAAGACGAUGCUUGGUUCAGUUUUAUUUUGUGAUUGAAUGAUUUGUUGUGAUACUAUCAUUAGAAUGGUUUAUUCCAAUUAUACUAAUCAUCGUAGUUAGUUUGUUUAUUGAAAAAUUCUUGCAGUUUGCUUGAUACAUUGUUUGGUAGGAUUUAGUAAGCUUCAGUAGCAGCAUUGAAGUACAGUUAUUCAUUCUAAAGAAUGACUACUUCAUCUGGUACUACUACAACAGUCAGGUGUAUGAACUGAUUGUGCCAUUUAGCGAUCUAUGCACAAGUUAAAUGGCCAAUUCUCAGGGUUGCUGCUGGCACAGACAGUCAGGUAGAGGGUUCUCGUAAAAUACUUCUUCAGUGCGGAAUCGUUCCAUGCCUUUUGUGCCGGUAGCAGGCCCUUUUCGCUUGCGAGGAGAACCUUGCCUAACGUACCAGAAAUGUACAUUAAGCUUCCCAGAGAGAUCCUCGAUUGAUCUUAUCAAACAAACGAACAAGAGCUUUUCUACACUCAUGAAGGUAGAUAAAGGUUCAAUGAAGAAGGUAGCCUUUCGCGAAUUCGAUGUAUAAGAACUGGAGUUCAAAGCAGGUCACCUGUCUGGCUUAAUUGUUUUCUGAUGGCCAAGAAAGCGGCGGUGACCUUCGACUGCCCUCGCCAUAUUCCCAGAAUAUGAUGGGAUAAAAACAUCACUUUCCAGUGAUACAAUGUAGUCUAGUGCUGCCAUUUGUGAAGCAUAAUGUUUAAAAGCUUCAAGCUCUUGUGCUGAUGCCAAUUUCUCCUGUAAAAUUAGUUCAUAAACAGGAUCGGAUCGGAUGAGACAAA